AUGACCACAAUCCGUUCCGGAGGCACGUGCUUAUGGAACAAUGGGUCGCUGGGAGAUGCGCCAUUGUGCGCAGGUGGGGGCAGUGAUUGCCCACUUCUGUGCAUGCGCAAACGGCGAUCACGCUUCUGUGCAGGCGUGAAAGUGAUCGCUACUCCUGUGCAUGCGUGGACUGCGAUAGUCACUCCUGCGAAUGCGCGAAUGGCGGCAAACCCACCGGUUACUUCCAGGUUUGCCACGGUCGCAACUUGGAACGUCCACGAGUGGAGGUGGUUGUAAGUAGAGGUUCUACUGUAUAGAAUUAAAUUGGUACAAAUUUACAUUUCCUUCUGAUGAACAUUCAAAAACCGAAUGGGAUACUGUGAAGUUGCAGCCAAUAGAGUUCCCUUUUUAAAAAGCCUUGGGGUAAUAAGAACAAUUAAUGAAUGCACUUACAGAGAUAAAUGCAUGAACAACUAUAUCAGACUAUCUUAAUGCAUCACAAACUAGUAGCCAGAACUUCUGUAGUCAAGGGGACUAAGGCGGGAGAUCAUUGCAGAAUAGUUGGAACAUAGCAUAUAGGUAACCUAAUGUGUUUAAAGUUACCUGAAGGGCAAUACUGUGCAUAACUACCAAGAAGCGAGGGAAGUCACAAGUAAGAGGUUUCCAGAUUUAUGUUUUGUAAUGAAAGCUGAACAUUCAGUGAGAGGAGAUACUGCAUUCCUGAAAGAGUCACCCCCUAUAGCUGUUAUGGAAAAAUACCCUUGAAGAAGAGAGCUGGAAGGAUCCAGUUAUGUCUAAUAUUUACUCUAACUUCUGUUACCUAACUGUGUUUUGUCAUUGUUAUUUUCAGAAGAAUAAAGACCUCUCAACACCACUGGUAGAUAUUCCAGAAAAACAAAACCCGGUAAGAAAGUAAAAAUGUUCUUGAUUUUUUUUGGAAAAAAAUUCUUUGAAAAAUUUGUGGGGAAAAAUUCAAACUAAGUAUUAGCAUGCCAGAUAAAAUCAUAGAAUGGUAGAGUUGGAAGAGACCACAAGGGUCAUCUAGUCCAACCCCCUGCAAUGCAGGAAUCUUUUGCCCAAUGUGGGACUCCAACCCCUGACCCUGAGAUAAAGAGCCUUGUGCUCUUCCGAUUGAGCUAUCCUCUGAUAUAUUGGUAUUUCUGGGAGAAGUACUUGUAUGUGGCGUGCAGGGCCUGCCCACCCAAGAGGCCAGGUGAGACAGCCAGGUGAGACAGCAGCAGGAUCCACAGAAGCAGUAGGUCUGGAUGUAGAUCUUUCUUCCUCUCUUGUUCCUGACAUAGAUCUUCACUCACCCCUUCUUCCCUGGUGAGGAGGCUGACACCAUUUUGCACUUCGCCUCAGGUGCCAAAAUGUCUUGGGCCAGCCCUUGUUGAAUGUACCAGUGCUAUUUUUCUACUUUUUAAAACAAAGAGGUUCUGGAACUCCUCACCAUGAAUGUCUCCCUCGUUCUCUUAGAAUGGCAAUGGCACCCACCUGAGAGGUGCUGGAACUGAGUUCCAGCUGAAAAAAAAGCCCUGCAUAGUACUGUGGCAUUUCGAUGCCCUGAAAUAACAGUAAUUCAUUAUUUUUGAAAUAGGGUUGUUCUGAGAUAGUAAACUGUCUCUGAAAAUAAUUGAUGUUGAGCUGAGACACGUUCCAGCUAAAGUUAAGUCAUACUAAUAUCAUUGUAAAUUAGUUGUGUGUUGAGGUCCCCAAGCCACCCCACAAAUAACACACAAUUGACACAUAAUUUUUGUUUAAGGUUUUUGGCGUAAUUUUGGCCACAACUUUAUUAAAAUACAAGAAACGUGUGUGGUUGCUUAGGCAUUGGUUGUGACUAUCUGACCCUGCAUGGGGACAGACUGGCAUUUGCACACACGCAAAGUCAGAAAGGGAAAACAUUUUGGGGGAGAAAGAUGGAGUUGGGUACCAUGCCCUCACCUCUCUCCAAAUGCUCCCAGGGGCUCUUGUGUGGUCCUAACCCCUUGACAGGGGUUCAGACAAAAGCAUGGCAAGUCCCGGGAUUCCUUUAAUGGAAUACCCUUGCAGCAGCAGCAUUUGGAGGGGCAGGCACAGCCAAUCCAUACCCCUCCACCAACCAAUUCAUAAAACCAACGCCUAACCGCAACCUUACAAGUUGUGACGAUUUGCUACGCAGUAGGCAAAAACCAAAUGGCACCAGCCAAUCAGCCAAAUGGACAAAAUUCCUACUGGGCCCCUGCCCCAAAAGCAGGUGACCCCAUGACAGGCAUAGCAAGGUCGAACGAACAACCCUAAAAUUAGGGAGGGUGGGCGGGUGAUCCAGUGCGCGUAGUGAAAAGAGGAAGCUCAACGCUGCACACAGAGCAUAUAAAGGCUAUGGCUGUCAAUCACAAAAUGGCAACAUAUAAAUCCCCCCAGCAACAAGCAGAACUCAAUCAUAAUGGUGGCCAACCCUCUUUUCCCACCCAGCAACAGUGGGUGUCUUGUUAGCCCCCACCACAACACGUGUUUUCCAUGACUGACUUUCUGGUUUCAAACCACAUGUUAUACGUUGUCCAGAGACAAUUUCUCCCACUGGUAUGUGCUGUAACAUGGGGAUGGGGAACCUUUGGCUCUCAAUAUGUUGUUGGAGUCUCCCUACCAUCAGCCUAAUCAGAAGGACCAAAUAGACAGGGGGAUGAGAGCAAGACAGGCUCCACAUCUCAAUUAAAAUAGUCACCUGAAAUCUACAAAGUGUGGAUCACUUUACAGGAAGUAUGGGAGAAGAAUUGGACUUACAUCUUUUUUUAAAUAUAUAAAAAAAUCUACAAUGCAACAGUGGGGAUAUCAUUGAUGUAUUAACAUUGAUAAGUGAAGCAGACUGCCGGUAUCAGGAUUUAAUUGGGGAUCAUGAAUGUUACUGUGCUUGAGAAUGUCACAUUGUUAAUAAGUGUCUGAUCUAAUUAUUGGGAUUUUAUAAGUCCAGAGCAUGUUGAUCUCUCAGAAUUAGCAUCUAGCGUUUUGAUAUCUAAGGGAGUGCACACUGUUUUAAGUGUUGUGCUAUAUUUGCAGCAAUUAUAUUCAAGAAUGAACACGUAGAUAAGCUCUAGGUAGUCUUUCUGCUAGUAUCUUAGAAUCUUUGUUUUGAUAUCAUGGUUGUGUCAUGACCCUGUCUUAUAUCCAAUAUAGCGCUAAGUAAUGGUCCAAUCAACACAAGGAUUUGCACCUGCAAAACAAGACCCCUUUCCCUCCAUGCCCCUCUAAAUCUGCUCUGAAGCAGGUUUGGGGAGAGCAUAGGGCAUGUUGUGGAGGAUGAGGAAGUCCCAUUAUACAAGGGUAAACCCUUAUGCUUAUGGGAUAGUUGCUUAUGACUACAUUGAAAACACAGGACAGAGUUGUUCCAUUUUGUUAUCAUGGUGAGGGUCACUUAGCUGCGGAAGUCAAGAUGAAUUCCCUCCUGUGGUCAGUGUUUGUUCAGGAUUUGCAUCUCUAAGUCAGAUAAAAUUGGGGUUCGAACAUUCUGGAGGCCUUUUAAAUCUGGAUCGGGGGAGAGGCGGAGAGAUGACUGUGAGAGGAAAUGCUAGUUGUGAAAAUUGAAGGCUCAUCUGUAGUGGUGGCACCAGAAAAAAAGAAGAAGUCUUUGUUGGCACAGAACAGGUAAAGUAUAUUUCUCCAUGGGAGAGAAAGAAAAAUAAUAGCAUAAGUUGAUGACAGAAGUUCAGAAAUGGGAGGGGAUGGGGGGGCAAGCUCCUUGUUUGGGGGGCACUGCCCUCCCUGCCUCUCAUCCGGUGCUACCUAUGAUCAUUUGGAGUUUCUCAGGUAAAAGCCCUACGGAAAUGAAUGGGUUUUGAACCAGAAGAGGCCCUGAAUUCCACAGCUAUGCUGUAGUGCUGCCAUAUUCAACAAUGGUGUGUUUAAUCUGACAGAUGACCUUAAAAUAAUCCUCUCAUUUCAGAAACAGUGUGAAAAGAAAGAUUUGAAGACAUUUAACAAUUCCAUGGAUUCUGUGCCACAGUUCCACGAAUAUCAUAAUCUUAGAAUCAGCCUUCAUGAACUUGCCAAGAGGUGGCAUUCACAGAAUGUAAGUAGAUCUGUUUCAGUUUUCUCUUAAAUACUCACAUUAGGCAUAACUCAAUGGUUAUAUGAGGGGUAGUCAAUGUGGUUGGACCGUCAGCCCCAGCCAGCAUGUCCAAUGGUCAGAGAUGAUGGGAAAUGGAGUCCAGAAACGACAGGAGGGCACUAUACUGGCUGCAUCUGAUGUAUAGAGUUGUUACUAGUUUUGGGCUUAGUGGCAGAAAUUGGUGACCCUUAGGCUGGAUCUAGACACAUCAAAGAAGCGUUUCAGUUUAAAGUAUUGUAAAUUCAAAUAGGGAAAACAGGUAGAGAAAAACUGGUCUCCACGUUGCUAUCUGGUGGCACAGUGUAUAUCACACAUACAACGCAUAUAAAUCACUUUUUCUUUACCAGCUUAGCUGAGUCCCCAGUGGAUUAUUGCUAUUUUAGCAUGACAAAUCCAGAGCCAUAGCUAUGAUCAUCCACACACAUUAUGUUGCUGCAAUUUUGAGUUAUGAAGCCUAGAUAGCUUGCUCACAAAGAGCUGUCUUAUCUGCAGUGAUGCAAAGCAGGUGUUUGCACAGAGCUGGUUAAUCCUGAGCAUAGUAAAUGGAUCAAAGCUAACUGAUUGGCUCCAUUCUAUUUAGGAGCAGUGAUGGGGCCAAAUUCAAAACUUGAAGAGUUUGAAAUCCGAGCUCCCACAGUUCCAAAAAUGUUCAACCCAAUAUGAGCUUAUACCCAGUUCAUAAUGGGAUUCAUCCCUGCCAUUAGACAACCCCCUCCUCACAAACAAAAACUCUGACACUUGGAAAGGGGGGGGGGGAGGGAACCAGUAUCAGGGAGAGUUCACUGGCCGUUUAUCUGGACUGGACUGGGGAAGCUUGACCACAGUAGUUCAGGCACCGGUGACUUCAUAACUGGGUUUUUGUAAUGUGCUUUUGCUCUGGAUCUGAAAACUGCAGUUCCUGCUGGAUGCUGUAUCGCAGCUGAGCAGGAGUGAAACCUUGCCAUCGUAGAAGACCUCUGCUCAGAGAUCUCCUCUGGUUGUUGAUUUGUUACCGGGCCAAGUUCAAGACAUUACUAUUAUUACAUAAAGGUCUUGGCACCUUAGGGCCAGCUUACUUGAGGAUUCACCUUACCCCAUACAUACCAACGCGAUUACUUUGCUCUGUGGAACUGUUCAUUUCAUGCUGGGAUGCAUGGGAUAUAUGGUGUUGCUUUCAUUGUAUGGUGUGGAUGUGACUUAGGCCUAAAUGAGCAUCACAAUGCAGUAAGACACCUGGGCAUUAAGAAGCAGAAUUAGCACCUGCAUGCAAAAAGGUGAAAGGUUGAGAGACAGUGGCUUUCCCAGUAAAGUAAAUACUCGCAGUAUAUUUAUUUCAAUUUCCAUCUUUGAAAAUAAGCCAUGCUGAAGUUAAUUUCUACUAGUUGUAAUUAAAUUUUGAUGCUCAUUCACUGACCCAUCUUCUGAGCGUGUGAUUGCCUUAUCACUGUACCCCAUCUAAAUGAACUUCUGGUUGUGGAGACCACACUCACUAAAGACUAUUAUUACUUGACGAUAAAAAUCAAUUAACAGUGAUUUUUUGAUUACAAAACAAGCAAUUAUUUAAUGUCUCUGUGUGCAUGCAUAAUAGCUAUGUUAAUCACACUCAUCAAAUGAAAUAUUUGUUGUAAGAGCAGAUAGGUAGUUGAUAUUACGGACUCCAAUUCACACCUGAUCUACAACUUUGGAACACCACAUCUUUCAACACCAGUUUUCUUUUUUUUUUUUUAAUAAAAGGAAAGUGACCUGAAUUGUAAAACUUCAAAAGGAAGCCCCAAGCAACUAUUGGAAAAUCUAAAAAUAUUUCUGAAGAGACUGCAUGACGGCAAGUGGUUGAAAACAGAAGCAAAGCAAUGA